GCAGCCGACUACCAGUAGCAGCAACGACGCUUCCCAUAAUGCACUCCCCUUUCAUCAGCGGGAAACCAAAAUGGCGAAUGUGCUGGGGGAAAAUGAACCGUUUGUUAUUUUCUAAGGACGGCUCGAGUUCUAAGGGUUUUCGGAGCACGCAUUAGAGAUACAUAUAAACCACAGCAGCAGCGGGAAAACAGCCUCGCGCCUUUUCAGCUUUUUCGUCUCGCGAGGCAUUAGUAACAUCGGAGGUGACCGAAUGAGAGACUCAGGGGUUGUGGAUCACUCUUCUCUCCAUCACAGAGCUCACCCCGAGCAGCAGCAGACUGCGUCCCUGUCACCCUGUGGCCUCUCUGCAAGGGGGGAGUAUGGGGAAGACGACAUGGCUGCCAGGUUUACAGAGGGACAGGAUGUGCUGGCCAGGUGGUCUGAUGGCUUGUUUUAUUUGGGAACAAUCACAAAGAUAGAUCGGGACAAGCAGCGUUGCUUUGUGGUUUUUGAGGAUAGAUCCAAGUCUUGGGUUCUUUGGAAUGAUAUUCAAACAGGGGACGAAGGCGACCAGGAUGAUGAGGAUGAUGACAUUGUGUGCUCCAUAUGCCAGGAUGAGACCUCAGAGGAACCUAACGAGAUUGUCAUUUGUGACAAAUGUGGUCAAGGCUACCAUCAGAUGUGUCAUUCGCCCAUUAUUGAUGCUGCAGUCAUUGACUCUGAUGACAACUGGCUGUGCUCAGAAUGUGAACUGGCUUCUUUGUCUGAGAGGGGUAGUGCGCACAGGCAAGGGUCCUCCACCACAAGCUUUAUAAAGCAAGAACACCAGCAGCAGGAGCACAUGGAGUUUCAUCUAUCCUUUCCCUAUGCCACAGAGGAACUUGUGUGGGAUCAGGGCCAUAAGACGAACAUCCAGCAAUGCUACUGCUACUGUGGAGGACCCGGAGACUGGUACCUGAAGAUGUUGCAGUGUAACAGGUGUCAGCAGUGGUUCCAUGAGAACUGUCUACAUUGCUUACAGGCUCCGCUGCUCAAUGGAGAUAGGUUUUACAUCUUCGUCUGUUCAGUAUGCAGUGGUGGACCGGAGUUCAUUGACCGGCUGCCUCUCAGCUGGAAGGAUGUUGUUCAUCUGUGCUUGUACAACCUGAGUGUAAUUCAGAAGAAGAGGUAUUUUGAUUCUGAGAUACAGUUAAUGCCUUAUAUCAAUGAGAACUGGGAGCUGCUGCAGCUGGGGAAGCUUGCCAACACACCAAGAUCUGAACGGUAUGAAAAAGUCCUAGAGGCCUUAAACGACAAUAGUUACAUGUUCAUGUCAGGGAAGGAAGUAAAGAAAAAGAAGCACUUGUUUCGCCUAAGAAUCUUUUUCCCCCCUGCUCCCCCCAACUGUACUGAACCCACAUACACGGUGAUGGGGGAGCCUUUACACGAGAUCGCUAUAAAAGGAUGCAAGGCCACUAAAAGCUUCUCUGAUAUGAAAAGCCCUGGUGCUUUAACAAAUGGCACAGAGAAGAAGAAGAAGAAGAAAAAGAAGAAGAAGAAAAAGAGGAAGCAAGAGACACGCUGUGUUGAGACAGAACCACAACGGUCCAAUGAGCUAUCAAUGGAAACAAGAAAACCGGACCCCCCUCCACUGGAUCAUUUGACCUCUGUUAACACCAGGAGUAACAAGCCUCUGCUGUCAUCACAGACUUCUGAUGUGGAAUCCAUUGGUGCCCUCUGCAACUUCGAAACUACCUCAACAAGCUUUUCAAGACAGUCCAGCCUCUACAGCUCCAACAAGAUGCAAACAGUCGCUUGCAACAUGCCUUUCUCUUCCCCACCUUUAAAACGGAAACGUGGCCGACCACGGCGAAACCCAAAGCCCCCCAAACCAGAACUCCCCCCUCCUCCUAGGCUUCCAGACACAGAGAUGUUAAGCACUCUCCCAGGGCUUCAUCCCACAGACAUAGUGCAUGGCAUGGACCCCAACACCCAGCUCUCGCACCUAAAGAGCUCAAUCAGCAGCUAUUUCGGAGUAGCAGGGCGUCUGGCUUGCGGGGAGAGGUACAAAGUCCUGGCCCGACGGGUCACCCUGGAUGGCAAGGUCCAGUACUUGGUGGAGUGGGAAGGAGUCACUGCCUCAUAGGUUGGUGGAUAUCAUCACCACCAUUUCAGACUGAACCAGUUGCUACAAAGAAUUAGUCUGAGCUAGUAUUCAGAGCAUUAAGUGAUUAUAUGCCCUUUAGUUUCGACAACAACAGUGGUUUAUAAAGUCUAAAGGUUCAGUGCACUCCUCCACCAUUAUCAUGCAUGCACACACAGAUAGUUGGGUAUUACAGGUGAAGCAGCACCAGUUAACCUGUAUCAGUGUCCUUUAGAGGGGUUUUAUCUGCCUAGUGUUAACAGAUCCUCUCCCCUCCCUGCUGCAGUUAUUCAGGGGCAAAUAAUUCCUCUUUACAUUGCACCUGUAGGCUUUGACUAAUAUUUCAUGUUAUGCUUUUAUUUUCCAGGCUUUUUCCCCUGACCAAACAUACUUGCUUGUUCUUCAGCAAAUAAGAGAAAGCGGGGCAAACCUCUUUAAAUUUGCAUUAUUUGAGACAACCAUCAAAUCAUUUUAACAUUUAAGUUUUUCUUGUUAUUGUUCUAAUUAAAAUCCUGUUUUAAAUUGUUUUUUUACAACUGUGCCCUCUCUCUUCGUCUCGGUUAUCUGUACCUAUUGAUGUCUCUUGUAGGCAUCUCAUGCCAGCUCUGAUUUCUAUUAAGUCUAUUUGUGAGCAGAUCAGGAGGAACUCAGAAACAAAACUAAUGCGCUGCUGCAAAUGUUUAUUUUACAUAAAUCUAUGAUUUCUGUUGAUUCUUUACUUGCACACGAUGUUUUGUUAGGAAAUCAUCUCAUUUGAACCAGCAAGAGCUGCUCAGACAAGGCAGUAUUUUUUCAUUCAAUAUUUUUAUAUAUUUCCUACUAAAAAUGCGUUUCUUUUUAAGUGUUCUAAUUAAAAUUAUGACUUCAGUUUAAAAGUUUGGUCGUCUUAUGAAUCUUAGUUAAAAUUCAUUAUUAUACGAAUGUGAUUAAACCAGUCUUGUAACAUUAUCUGCUGCUGCAUAUGCAAUAUAAAAAGUUGCAUUUUUGGACGACAUUGACAAAUAUUCUUCCAUAGACAUAAAUGUAUUUCUUGUUACACUUUGGUCAGCCCAACAAACUUCACAGCAUUGCAUAGCCCAGCCUUUGUAAUUAAGCAGAUUUUGCUCUAGGUUACGUUAUGUCUGUUGGAUGAUGUUAAUUUCACACACCUUUUGUCAUUAUUAAACAUAUAUAAGCUUGUUAUUUUUUAUGUUUACUGCUUGUUUAUAUUGAGUUUGAAAAAAGAAAUCCACCUCACUGGAAAAGUUGCUGUAUGUCAUUGCAAAAGAAACAUUUAGGUAGAAUGUUGUCUCUCUUCAGAGAUGUGUUUGCCGUUGUUUAAAUGGCACUUGCACAUCUACUUUGCAGGGCUGGAGUGAGUGCAUUCAAUGUUUCAGUGGCUCGGCCUACAUGUUCCUAUCACUGGCUUCCAACAGGUUUCUUAAGCCAAAGAACGUCCGUGUAACGUCGUCUUUGUCUUUUUACUGUUUGACGUGUUACUAGUGAAUCUGUUUUUUGUUAAAGGAUAAAUAAAAGUUGAUAUUUCAAA